GCCUUGAUGACGUGGUUUUGUCGUUUAGAGCAGACAGAAACAUGUCAGGAGGGAUAAAUUCCCAGCUACAGGAUUACUUAUCAAACUCUAAAAAAGGCAGCCAGUCUCCCACACAGUCCUCCUCUUUGCACUCUGUUAAGUCAUGGAUGUCAUUCGGGAAUUCUAAAGAGUCGUCCGCGAGAGACCAAGACAAUGGUAAUGAUAACGGGUGGUAUACCCAGGCCGCCGAUGACCCUUUUUGCCCAACUCUGAGUAAGCGGCAACGUUUUUUAGGCUUCUUUACUUUACUGUUGAUGGGCGUCUUUUGCUUCGUCAUGGCCGGUUUCAUUGCUCCCUUCAUUGUUCUAAAGUCAAGAAAAUUUGCCCUACUCUACACUAUGGGAAGUUUGUUUACUAUUUCAAGUUUUUCAUUACUUUGGGGUCCAUGGGCCCAUUUGAAACACCUCUGCUCAAUCCAGCGUUUACCAUUCACAGUUGCCUACUUCGGGACCAUGACUGCGACUCUAUAUUUUGCCAUGGUGACCAAAUCAGCUGGGUUAACUUCUAUCUGUGCUAUUUGCCAGGUUAUAGCCCUUUGUUGGUAUAUCAUCAGUUACAUUCCUGGAGGACAAACAGGACUGACAUUCUUUACCAAGUUAUUCUCAGCAGCGGCUGGCAAGGCUGUGUCAAAGACAUUGCCCGUUUGAAAUUGAAAAACCUUACAAAUUUAGGUACAGCCAAAGUGAACUCAAACCAUACCCCAAGUGAUAUUAACCUGUUUUUUUAAAUGAAACUGGAAGCAUUCACAUAAGGGAGAUGGUACAGUGUCAGUAGCAGAUUCGAGGUGGGAGGCCAGUCGGCCCGGGCCUUCCUACAUUUUAAAAAAUUAUUAUAAAAGUGGAGAGAAAAAGAAAAUUAUAUCCAAAUUUAUGUCUAAGAGUGCCAUUUCCGGUCAUGUAGAGGUGCCAUAAUCAUCAAUUUUCUUUCCUCAGCCCCAACCCUCUGUGAAAAUCUCUCCCUAGGCCCCCUCUAUUUGGAAUUCCUGGAUCCGCUACCCCAUUCAUGCUUGGAGUGGAGGCAUGCCUCAUUGUGUAUUUAAAUUACUAAUAGGAAGUUGAAAAUAUCCUGUAACCUACAGGGUGUAGAACAUAUUGCGUCGACAGGCACUAUGAUUCCGAGACUGCGACACAACAUAUGCAAUGGAUAGUUUUCAACAUCAGUCAAGAUGUUCAGAAGAAUGACAAUCAGAAGGAGCGCAAAUUUGAUGGGCAAGGCUUACAGAAGUGAAUGCCUAAUUUUACACUGAAACUAUAUGGCCUUUGAGCUUGGCUUGAAACUAUGUACAGAGAUGAAACUGUAGAUCAAGGCAAAUGCAGUACAGUAAUAAGUUUUAAUGUGAAUAGUAAAAUAUUGUAUAUGUCCUCUGAUUGAGAACUAUGUGUACUGUUAGGCUGUACAUAUUGUUUGUGGGCAAUUUUCUUUGUAGCCACAGUAUUGAAUGCAUUUAUACAGAAUCCCACCAAUGGGUCUUCAAGAAUGCGUUAGAAAUUCUUUGUAUUAUAAAUCUUGUUAUGGGUUUGGGCUUAAUAAUAUCCUACAAACAGUCAUGGGCAAAUAAUCAGUUUUUAAUGUACAUAUUAAAAUAUAUUUAAUAUUUGAUAAUGACUAAAUAA